UUCUCAUUACCACAAAACUCUUUCACCGAUCUUCUCGUUCCUUUCUUCUCCCGACCUAUCAUUCAUCAUGGGUUCCAAACCCGACCCGGUUGCUCCAACGAACCCGACUCAUCAUGAGAGUAAUGCUGCCAAAGAGAUUCGUUACAGAGGCGUUAGGAAACGUCCAUGGGGAAGAUACGCCGCUGAGAUCCGAGAUCCAGUUAAGAAAACUCGGGUCUGGCUCGGUACGUUCGAUACCGCUCAGCAGGCGGCGCGUGCUUACGACGCAGCAGCGCGUGACUUUCGUGGUUCCAAGGCUAAGACCAAUUUUCCGACGUUUCUUGAACUCAACGGGAAAACGGAUGGUGUUUUCGUUGGUAGUCCUACUCAGAGUAGCACCGUCAUCGACUCUACAUCUCCCACGGCGGCAAGGUUUGUAACACCUCCGCAGCUCGAGCUCAGCUUAGGAGGCGGCGCGUGUCGUCGUAAGAUCCCGCUUGUACGCCCGGUUUACUACUUUAACAUGGCGGCGUAUCCGAGGAAGAUGACGGCGUGUGGUGUCCAGAGCGAGUCUGAAACGUCGUCGGUCGUUGAUUUCGAAGGUGGAGCUGGGAAGAUAUCUCAGCCGUUAGAUCUGGAUCUUAACUUAGCUCCUCCGGCGGAAUAGGCCCGACAUAGUCCGUUAUAGAUGUCUUCUAGAUGACUGAUUUGGUGAGUCCAUUGGAAUAGUGAGAGCUGGAGCCUGGAGGUAUGCUUCUUCGGUUUGCUGGGCAUUUGAGAGUUGGGACUUAACCAUCUAAACCAAGACCGAGCUAGUGUUCCUGCAACUUGAGGAUAUGUUUGAUUCACUACAGUUCCCCUCAUGGUAAUAACUCUUGUUAGUCAAA